AAAGCCCAGGCACUUCUGCAGGCGGAGAAGCGCCCAACUUCAGCUCCACAUGACAAACAAGAUAGACGACCUACUGACCCAGCUGGGCACAGGACGAUGGAAUGCCCUGCACUUCUUCAUCACGGGGUAUUGUAUGGGCCUCACUACCUACCACGCACUGGCAGCAGCUUUUUUGACGCCAAACGUCGACUACACGUGCAUAUCAGCCUUAACAGGUGAAGAAGAGGAGGGGGGACCGCCCAUUCACCUGGGAGUCGUGAAAGACAUUGGGUAUCUCAAUGACAGCAGAAGAGAUGAGUGCAUCUUCGUCGUGGAGAACCCGAAUAAUGGCACCUACAGCGAAUUCCCCUGCAGUGAGUGGCACUUCGAUAACUCCACCUUCAGCAGCACCAUCACAUCUGAAUUCAAGUUGACUUGUGACAGGCAGCAUCUACGGGCUUGGUACCAGAGCAUCUACAUGUCAGGAAUAUUCAUAGGUGGUUUAUGCUGUGCAUUUUUAGCAGACAAGUAUGGACGCAAGAGAAUCAUCGUGUUCGGGCUUAUGGUGUACGUUUCCUUAGGUCUACUGACCAGCUGGUUGAGGGAUUUGUCGCCGCUCCUCUUCUGCCGUUUCGUGAUGGGAGUCAUGAUGCCUUUCUGUGGCAACAUCGCUUAUGUGCUUCUCAUCGAGGUCACCGAGGCCCGUCUCCGGCCAGUCAUGGGGGUACUGGCCGGCCUGCCCUGGGCAUUUGGCAUCCUCAUCCUGGCUGGCGACGGGUAUCUCAUCAGGUCUUGGAGGUGGCUGCAGUUAGUAUCGUCACUGCCUGGUGUAUUUCUGAUUCCUUGGUUACUGUUCAUGGACGAAUCCCCAAGAUGGCUGGCAGUGGCUGGCUACCACGACAAAGCCCUGGAAGUUCUGAGGAAAGCCGCCAGAUGGAACGGUACCACGCUACCAAGUGAUGACGUCAUCAGGAACAUUUUCAAAGAGUGCCAAGAUCUCGAAACGUCAUCUAAACAAACAAAACAUCAGACAGUUAAAGAGAGACUCAGAGCCGCCACUGAGAACUUUGUGAUACUCUUCAGAACAACCAAGCUGCGUAAAAUAACUGCCAUCAUGUACGUGAACUUCCUGGUACUCAACAUGGUCUACUAUGGCCUCUCUUUGAGCGGCGGGAAUCUGAGCAACGAUCCUUACGUCUUCAUGGCUCUCUCAGGACUGAUGGAGAUUCCAGCGUACUCUCUGACCAUACCUAUUGUGUCCAGGUUCGGCAGAAGAAUCCCAGGGGUUGGCAGCUUCCUUCUCAGUGGAUUAAUGCUUCUGUCUUUAAUUCCUACUCCUAAAGACUACGUCAUCACCACCAUGACCCUGGCGAUGAUCGGGCGGGUGGCCAUCUCCUCGGCUUUCCAGAUCGUGGUAUUCUAUUCCUCUGAGCUCUUCCCGACGGAGGUGCGAAGCAGAGGGAUCUCCACUUCCUUCAUGGUGGGCAGGAUCGGUUCCAUCGUCUCUCCGUUCAUUACUGAGCUGCUCGUCAUUGCAUUCCCCUGGGCACCCUCCCUGGUGUUCGGUGCGACUUCCAUGGUGGCCGCUGUUGUCACGCUGACUCUCCCAGAGACGCAGGGCGUGGCCCUACCGGACACCGUUGCCAGUUUGGAGGAGAGGGCGGACAAGGCCUACUCCAGGUCUUGGAGAGCGGCACCAGCGCCAUGAGAACGAUCUGGUCUUCAAACACCAAGUUUUACUGAAAAGCAGAAUUUUUACAAUAGAUUUUUACCGAGCAAAAUGAAAUUGCAAAAAGAUAUAAUGAAAGACAAUUUUUUUAUCCCAUGUACGAUACGUGAAACAUUUUGUUCCGUUGAUUAAAUCAACAUU